AUGCGACCACCACUACGUAUCGCGGUGCUCGAAUGCGACGAGCCGAUUGGUCGAACAAAGGAAAAGUACGGCGGAUAUGGGAAUCUCUUCAAAGAGCUGCUGGAGAAUGGAGCUCAGAAGCUGUCAGAGAAGCCAGAAUUGGAUAUUACAAAGUUUGAUGUGGUCAAUACGGAACAUUACCCCAAGUUGGAGAACGUUGAUGCGAUUCUCUUAACUGGAAGUCGGCAUAACUCAUUCGACAACGACCCAUGGAUUCUGAAACUCGUCGCCUUUACCAAAACCGUUCUGGCACAAGAUCGCGUACGAUUGAUUGGGGUAUGCUUUGGACAUCAGAUCAUUGGCAGRGCCUUGGAUGUCAAGGUGGACAGAAGUGACAGAGGGUGGGAAGUCAGCGUCACGCCUGUUCAGCUAACGGCAAAGGGGAAAGAGUUGUUCGGGAUCGAGGAGCUGGCCAUUCAUCAGAUGCACCGCGACAUCGUGUAUGAGUAUCCAGAAGGGAUCGAGCAUCUGGGACACUCGCCUCGAUGCGACGUUCAAGGAAUGUAUGCAAAGAACAGGCUGAUUACUGUUCAGGGGCAUCCGGAGUUUACCGGUGACAUUGUGUCKGAGCUGCUGGAGAACAGGCAUGAAAAGGGCAUCUUUGAUGAUGCAAUGUACCAGGAUGGUAUGGAGAGGGUACGCAAGCAUCAUGAUGGGGUUGCUGKGGGGGCAGCUUUUGUGCGAUUCGUGUUGGAGGAAUGA